AUGCUUGUACCUCUGUUGGUGUUAGUAUCAAUAAUAAUAAAUCCAUGUUCAAUGUUACAAUGUUAUGAGUGUGAACCAAAGAUUUAUAAUUUUCUUAUAACACCCGAUAAUAUCCCUUCGACAUUCAAUUGUACGACAAUCGUUACACCAAAUAAGUUCUGUUCAUUGGGUAUUUCGACAGUAGAAAAUGGAACAAAAAGUGAUCUUCGUGUAACUGCAUUAGAUUCUCGUGAAAAUAAAGAUGUUCCCUAUGUUUUGACUGGAUUUACUCAACAUAAUAGUGGAAAUUAUUCUACAUACAUUCUGUACCAUUGUUUAACAGAUAAUUGUAAUAAUCCUAAUCUUGUUCUUAAACCUUUACUUGAAUCAACAGAAACUGAAAUAAAACCACCUUCAAUUUUAUCUAUUAGACAAUCAAAAUCAUUAACUUCUAUCGGAUGUUUCAUCUAUUCAAAUUUUACAAAUUCAAGUGAAUGUAAACCAGCACGUCGGAUGACAACAACACAAGAAGAUGAUUGUUCAUUUUGUACAACAUUUAUUAAUGUUGAUCCAAAAAAUUUACAUACAGAAAGAGUAUGUUCAUAUUGUGAAAAAACUGUCGAAUCAAUUGAAAAAUGGAGAUAUAUUGAUGGAAGAAUUCAUUUAUUAAAUGAUCGCGUUAGUCAUUUGGAUUAUGUAUCAUAUGUUUGUAAUAAUACAAAUGAUUGCAAUUCAUUAGAAAAUAUUAAAAAUAUACAAAAUACAUAUAAAAUUCAAUUUGAUUUUGAGAAAUUUUUAGGAUCUUCAAGUAUUACAAAUUACUUAAUAUCCUACACGAAAUAUAUCGUUUGUUUUGCAAUGAUUUUACAAUUAAUCUAUCUUUUAUAA